CGAGAGUAGGGUAUUUGAAAGUGCUUUUGCAUGAAGAGUCUGUGGAGAAAAAGCCGCAUUAGGUCACUGGGGCUGGCUGUGAGAAAUGCAGCUGAAGUGAGUGCACUCACGGCGAGUGUGUGUUUUUAAGAGGUGCUAGACUGGGAAUAUACUUUCUGUGAUGGACGCCUUUGAAGGAAUCCAUCGUGUGCAGCUCUCCUCCUCAACUCCUGCACGCUCCAGGUCUGUUCCAGGGUACGAGGUGCUGGUGGCAGGGAAUUCUGGGAUAGCUGUAUACUCGUCACCUACAUUUUUUGGCAAAGGUGAUUUUACGGAUCAGCAUACAGCAGAGAAAGAGAGAUGCCCGGUCGGGAGGUUGGUAGACCUGGAGCCAGAUCUGAGGCCUGGACUGGGGGGUGAUGUGGGGCAGCGGGAGAAGAUGCCCCCGGAGGAGGAGGAGGAGGCAGGAGCACACAGACGAGAGACGUACAACAUGUCCCGUCUGCGGAGUUCCUCUCUGGAGAUCAAGGAGAAAGGAACAGAAUUCCUCCGAGAGCAGCUGGAUGCUGCACAAAAGGAGCUGAAGUUGAAAGACGAGGAGUGUGUCAAACUGUCUCAUGUCAGGAAUCAGCUGGAGCAGGAACUGGAGGAAUUGACCGCCAGUCUAUUUGAGGAGGCCCAUAAGAUGGUGCGAGAGGCCAACGUGAAACAAGCGGCAGCUGAGAAGCAGCUGAAGGAGGCCCAGGGCAAGUUGGACUCGGUGCUGUUCGCAGAGUUCCUCUCGUGGAAGGAGGCGCCCAGUCUGGAUCGCUCCUCAGCGUUCAUCAGCAGGGUGUACAGAGAAGAUAUCGGGCCAUGUCUUUCAUUCACCUGCUCUGAGUUGUCUCAGUCGGUCCAGUGCGCAGUGGAGAAUAACUCUCUCACCAUCGAGCCCGUCGCCAUGUCGUCUCUGCACACGGUCAAAGCCCUCGAAUGUGGAGGACCCAACGGUUGCCGGACACCCAUAGAAACUAAAUGUGCGCUGAGCGGCAUGUCCCGCCCCUGCCGACAUCGCAUCAAACUGGGAGAUAAAGAGAAUUACUACUAUAUAUCUCCGUCUAGCAGAGCACGAAUCACAGCCGUGUGUAAUUUCUUCACUUAC